UUUAUAACUUUAAAUAUUAAGAUUAUUAUUUGAUAGCCAACCAUGAAUACAACCAGUUCUGAAAAGCUAAUAACAGAAUAUUCAAGUACAUCAAGUAUCGAAAAUUAUGUCCUGAAUUCCGACUUUGGAAUCGAAGGAUUAGAGCUUCUGAUCGAGACAUUUAAAGCUCUUCAGACUAAUUUUGCAAAUAAUGGAACUAAGAGAGUUGCUGAAGACAGCAUUGUAUUGGAUGAUAUAGAUUCCUUGACACAAGGACUUGAUUCAUAUGUAAAACCUAUGAUAAAACACUUCUUGACUCUUUUCAAAGCUCAUACAAUGAAGAGCGUACUCGAGCAAAAUAUUUCCGUUGUGUUGACCAAGAACACUUUUGUGAAAAUCAUGCUCAAGUCUCUGAAAACAAACAUGUUCAUGAGGGAAGAACCCUUCGAAUAUUCUGUAGCUAAUAUUCUCAAAAUGCUGAAAGAAAGGAAAAGAAUGAGUCGGUAUAACCAAAAACUAAGGUCUUAUUUAAAGUCAAAUAAAGCUGACAAAAAUUUGAACCAGAUGGGCUCACCCUCGUGAAGCCAAACUUUGAGAAAGGAUCAUAAGUAUUCAUUGAGGUCCAAACUCCAACCUUCCCAUAGCGAGAGCUUACAAAUAAACUCUCCAGAAAGCGGAGCUUUAGCAAAAUGCUACCAAUUCAAAACUUCCCCACAAAGUAUUGAAAGAGAUACUUGAGCUAACUUAGAAGAAGUGAAACAAAAGGAACUUUCAAUACAAAAUUUUGACAAAACUCACAGAGUUUCAACAACAAAGAACAGUGGCAAGGACACAAUAAAGAACCAAUAUAAUUCAUUGGCAAGCUCAAAACCCCAAAAUUAUUUCGUAAAAAUAAACGGUCUUCUCCAAAAAGACAUGCAAGCAUCAAAUCAGCAAAAAUUUCAGACCUACAAAAAUAAAUUUGCAAAGAGAAAAUCCAAACCAAAUUAUGCUACUUUUGACCUAGCUAAUUUAAUGAAGACAAGGAAACCAGUGAAGAAGACCACCAGAAAUAUGACUAAAUAAACUCUCAAACUCAGAGAUUCAGAAAAUGAAAAAUCACAAAUCUAAAAAUUACCAGUCUCCGAAACCUAUGUCAGGAGAUCAGUUCAGAAAACAAAUUGGAUCUAAAAUGGUUACAAAAGCAAAUCCCAGGUUCAAAAUUGCAGAUAAAAGUCCUAUCAUGAACUCCAGGAAAUUUAGUAAUCGUAAUGAUAAGGCACUAGAGAAGAUGAAACAUUCAGGGAUUGUUCAGACAAUCUUUUCAAAUAAGAACUUAUCACCCGUGUCUUUAAAUAGAGAUUAUACCGAACAGAGUAGUUGAAACACUUCCAGGAUAAAUGCUGAGACAGUCAAAAAUAAGCUCAUCCAAAGGAACAAACUCUCUAAUUUCCUGAAUGCGCAAGAAAAAUUUAGAACAGAGUCUACUGAACUCAAAGAUGUCAGAAAGAACUGCACUUUCAAACCCAACCUUGAAGCAACUAAGAAGGUCAACUUCAUAUUGAUGGCUUCAAGUUCUCAAAAAUAGCAUUAGAGCAGGAAAUAGUUUGACAAGGAAAUUUGAGAGUAGAAAACAGUCCCAAAGAGACAUGAUCGCUACACCUGAAUCUUAUAAUACAGUAAAUUCAAUAUCAAAUCUUCACCAAUACUCUCAGACAGCUCCUAAGAAGAAAGUGAAAAGAACAACCAAAAUAUUGAAUGUAAACCUGACCCAGGAUAAGGACAGAUGCUCCAAGAUCAUUGACCAAGCUCCAUCAAAAUAAUUCUUCCUAUUAUCUCAACGGAGUAAUUCGCAAUGGAUACAGCCAGAGAAGCCAAGAGAGGAAGAAUUACGAGCAGAAAGUCUAUAAUGUUGAUAAAUCAUUCGAGGUAUCUCAAGAAAAACUGAGAAAGAAGAAUUUAAUCAAUUCUAAAUCUCAGACUAGCUUCUUUGCACAGUCAUAUUACACAUUGAAGAAACCUGAUGUUUCAAAAGAAGAACCUUUAAAUACAAAGACUUUUGAUUCUUUGAAGAUGAACCUCAGCUGUUCUGAUUUAAAUGAAGUGAUGAGCUGUCAUCAUAAAUCAAUGUCUCAUCUUCAUCAUGAGCGUUUUGCAAGUAAUAGGUCAAAUCAUGACUAAAGGAGGAAGAAAGGAAGGCCCUUUCUCUAGAAUUAAAUCAAUAAAUCAAUU